UCUCUCCUGCUGCGGCUACACAGUAACAUCUCCCAUAAAUUCAGAUAAUUAAGAAAUAUUUUGCCACCCUUUUUCCGGGAACGCAAAACCGCAAUUAUUAUUAUUAUUAUCGUAAUAUCGCCCGCCUCUCUGUCUAUCCAUAUACGUGUAUAUAUAUAUAUAUAUACACACACAGACAUCUAUCCAUCUUGCCGUCUGUAAUAUCUUCGACUCCUAUUUUUAAGUCUUUAUAUAUUAUUCUUCCUCGUUUUAGCAGGUCGCCACUACCUCAAUAGUCAAUACAACUCAUUUCUCGUUCUCUCUCUGCAAUUUACUUGUUCUUUUCCAGCUUUUCCGUAUCCCGUAACCUCAGUUCCGUAUUUCCGGUGGUUUAGCAAUCUGUUGAAAUGGAGGUUAACGGGGGCUAGGACGUUCUAUCUUCUAUGGCCUUGAUUGGUGUAGGUAACUGGGAAAUGUGUGGCGUGAGAGACAACAUUAGAGGCAUAAAAGAUACUUUAAGGGGAAGAAACUAUUUCAAUAGCAAACUUUGUGGUAUGGAGUAUGAAUCAGACUGGACAAAACACAAAAAAUCCUCGGCAUUUACUGCUCAAGUGAUUCGUUCAGCAACAUCUUUUAUGCAUUGGUCUUGUAAAAUGCCCAUAGGUGAUGGAUUUCAUGAAUAUCUUUAGUUAAUUGGUUUUUAUCCGAAACAAAAGCAUAGUUAAGUUUUCUUGAUUAUAUAAUUGAACAAGUACAAGAAUCAUCAGCUUCUCCUCAUCUUGCAAUAUUGAAAAUGCCUGGUUUUGUAAGUGGAAAGAAGAGACUUAUGGAACCAAAUAUGUGUUUCAAUGCAUUGAUUGAGCAACACGCAUCAAUUCGUUCGAAAGGCAAUUCUCGUUUAACCUCAGAGGUUGCUAAUAAUCUGUACAGCCCUAUUUUACCUGGGCUCCCGGAUGACGUGUCAAAGUAUAUCCUUGCACUUGUUCCUCGUUCCAAUUUCCCCACUAUGGGUGCUGUCUCCAAGAGAUGGAGGUCAUAUAUCCGGAGCAAAGAAUUCGUCACCAUUAGGAAAUUACUUGGGUUGCUUGAGGAAUGGCUCUGUAUCUUAACUAUGGAUGCAGAAGGAAAGCAAAGCCAAUGGGAGGUUUUAAAUUGUAAGGGAAACAAAAAUCGACGUCUUCCACUGAUGCCUGGUCCUGUGAAGGCUGGGUUUGGGGUGGUUGUCAUUAAUGGAAAGCUUCUUGUAAUGGCUGGUUAUUCAGUGAUUGAUGGGACUGGUUCUGCUUGUGCAGAUGUUUACCAAUAUGAUCCUUGCCUUAACAGUUGGAGCAAAUUGGCAAACAUGAAUGUGGCCCGUUAUGAAUUUGCUUGUGCUGAGGUGAAUGGCAUGGUUUAUGCUGUAGGAGGCUAUGGGAUAGAUGGAGAAAGUCUCUCCAGUGUAGAGGUUUAUGACCCAGAAACUGGUGAGUGGACUCUGGUAGAGAGUCUUCGAAGACCAAGAUGGGGCUGUUUUGCGUGUGGCUUUGAUGGGAAACUUUAUGUAAUGGGUGGGAGGUCAAACUUCACCAUUGGAAACUCAAGGUUUGUUGAUGUCUACAACCCUGAGAGGCAUGCCUGGUGCCAGAUGAAGAAUGGUUGUGUCAUGGUCACUGCUCAUGCUGUGAUUGAGAAGAAGCUCUUCUGUAUGGAAUGGAAAAACCAGAGGAAAUUGUCCAUAUUUGAUGCAGAGGACAAUUCAUGGAAGAUGGUUCCAGUUCCCUUGACUGGUAGCUCAUCAAUUGGGUUUCGAUUUGGGAUACUGGACGGAAAGCUUUUGCUUUUCUCUCUAGAAGAAGAACCUGGAUACAAUACUUUGCUGUAUGAUCCUCAUGCAGCUCCAGGUUCAGAAUGGCAGACCUCCAAGAUAAAGCCUUCUGGUUUGUGCUUGUGCAGUGUGACACUCAUAGCUUGAAAGUAUGCUUUAUUUCCAUAAUUCUUCUAUAGAUUUGGUUGGCUUACUGUAUUUUGAUUCAACAAGUUUAAGACUUUUAUUUGUUUUGAUUUGGCAAUGUGUAGCCAAGUUUUAGACAAGUCUAUUGGUGGCAUCAGACUUAUUGGUGAUUUCUAAUUUCUUAUUAUGUAUUCUGGUUGACAGUGGCCUCUCUAUCUCCCA